CACUUCGGUAAUGUGUUAGUCUUCGCCCAACUGAUCAUUUUUCUUGAUCCUUCCUCUUUGAAAUUUCUUAUCCUGAUGAUCGCUUUACAAGAUUUCAUCCCAUUUGGCUGUUGUUAUAUGUCAUGGGUUCUUCCACAACGCUGCUAUCUACCAGCCUCUAGUCGACGCCUUCAAAUCUCACGGCAUUGACGCCCACUGUCCUCAACUUCCUAUAUCCGAUUUGUCUAAGCUCAAUGUUGGUGACAUCAUGUCUCCGAAUUUUGACCUCGAUCCUCCAUCUGGCGGUUAUCCACAGGGCGAAGAAGAUACACAGGCAGUACUUGCAGUUCUGAAGCUUCUGAUAGAGAACCAAAACAGAAGGGUUCUUCUUGUCGCUCAUUCAGGUGGAGGCUUUGCCGCAACUCAGUCUGCUAUCCCAGAGUUACAAGAGAAGCACCGUCGAUCUCGUGGUCUGACUGGAGGACUUUUUGGCAUCUUCUAUUACGGUGCCUUCAUUGUGCCUCUGGGAGAAUCUUUACAUACCACUCUUCAGCCCAAGGAUGGCCAGAUUGUGACGCCACCUUGGUUGCAGUUCCAUAAAAAUGAACGAGCUGGCAUCGGGACAGUUUUUGAGCCCGAGAAAUACCUUUUCAAUGGUCUGGAUGAGGGGCAGAUCAAGAAGUGGAAACCAUUGUUGACAGGGUCUCCAAUGUGUAUGACGAAGCUCACCAAUAACGCAUAUGAGACGCUUCCUUGUGCAUACCCCUAUUUAGAGAAUGAUCGCAUGCUACCGAAAGCAGUACAAGAGCAAUUGGUGGCUGCGCAGAGCGAGAAGACAGGGGCAUUCAAAGUGUACAACUGCGCGUCUGGGCACUCUCCCCAUUUGAGCCAUACACAGGAACUGGUGGACAAGGUCCUGGAUUUUGCAAACGGGCUGGUGUCGUGA